UUUAAUUUUCCACCUACUCUUUGGAUCGGGUUUCGCUACUUCACUAGAUUUUUCUUCCCUACAAAACCUUAUCUUCUCUCCGAUAUUAUUGCUUUUUUUUCGGUUUUGUUUUCUUAAUAUUUACAAGAUUCUAAUGUUGCUAUCUUUUUGCUAAAACUGUGACAAGUUUUUCAUCAAUGGCAGUCACUGUUUCAUGCCACCUAUACUCGUUUUCACAAUUAACAGCGCCCCACAAACUUAUUAGCUAUAAGCUUCCAUCUAAAUGCAUCAAACUUUCAUCUGUCCGUAAUGCUUCCUCUGAGCAGUUUAAACCCCUUUGUUCCUCGGAGAAAUCAACUUCAUUUGAGCCCAGAGAUGAACAGCAGAGAGAUAGGUUCUCUUCAAUAAAGAAAAGCGCGAUUUCAAUUGCGUUGGCAGUGGGAUUGGUGACCGGAUUUCCGGAUUUGGUAUGUUUAGGACAGGCGAAUGCAGCACCUAUUGCUCCAGCAUUGCCAGAUGUUUCAGUUUUGAUUUCAGGGCCGCCAAUUAAGGACCCCGGGGCUUUGUUGAGAUAUGCAUUGCCUAUUGACAAUAAGGCUAUAAGAGAAGUUCAGAAGCCGCUUGAGGAUAUUACUGAAAGUCUAAAGGUUGCUGGGGUCAAAGCCCUUGAUUCAGUUGAAAGAAAUGUUAGACAGGCGACGAGGGCUCUCAAGCAAGGCAGAACCUUGAUCGUUGGAGGUCUGGCAAAGUCAAAGGUUGAUGACGGGAUUGAAUUGCUUAACAAACUGGAAGCAGGAUUGGAUGAGCUUCAAAAGAUUGUUGAGGACAGAAACCGUGAUGCAGUUGCCCCUAAACAGAAAGAGCUGCUCAAUUAUGUUGGAGGUGUUGAAGAGGAUAUGGUGGACGGCUUUCCAUAUGAAGUGCCUGAAGAAUACAAAAAUAUGCCAUUACUAAAGGGAAGAGCAACUGUGGAUAUGAAGGUCAAGGUCAAGGACAAUCCUAACGUGAAUGAAUGUGUAUUCCGUAUUGUUCUGGAUGGUUAUAAUGCCCCUGUAACGGCUGGAAAUUUCGUUGAUUUGGUGCAAAGGCAUUUCUAUGACGGCAUGGAGAUCCAGAGAGCGGAUGGAUUUGUAGUCCAAACAGGAGAUCCUGAAGGUCCAGCUGAGGGCUUCAUUGACCCCAGUACAGAAAAAACCCGUACAAUUCCUCUGGAGAUUAUGGUGAAUGGAGAAAAGGCACCCUUCUAUGGAGAAACUCUAGAAGAACUUGGUCUAUACAAGGCUCAAACAAAGCUUCCGUUUAAUGCAUUUGGGACCAUGGCUAUGGCUCGAGAGGAAUUUGAGAACAAUUCUGCCUCAAGCCAGGUAUUUUGGCUGUUGAAAGAAAGUGAACUAACUCCUAGCAAUGCCAACAUAUUGGAUGGUCGGUAUGCCGUAUUUGGUUAUGUGACAGAAAAUGAAGAUUUUCUGGCAGACCUCAAAGUUGGAGAUGUUAUAGAGUCAAUGCAAGUUGUAGCAGGCUUGGAUCAUCUUGUCAACCCAAGCUACAAGAUUGCUGGUUAGGCAUCUAGUUUCUGCUAUUGGUUUAAGGAUCAAAUAUUCACCUGACGAGCCUGAGAUAACUUCAACUUCAUGCAAGAGUGAGACUUCUAAUUCUUUGUAUUCGGUAAAACUGUUGGAGCACUGGGAUUAAGAGAGACAGCCUAUUUCUUCAUGUUUUUGCAACCCCUCGUCUGUAAUAAGACAUUCAUUUUAAGAAUUAAGGUCAAUAUAUUUUAUCCAA